ACCAUUCUCACGGUAAAGGUAAGAGUUGGUUACGUUUUUUCUUGCUGGUGGCGGUCUAGUUAGAUCUUCACAUGACGGCCGUCGAGGUUCUUCGUCAUCUGGGUGGCGAUGACCGGCAGAUGAAAUUGUCCGGCCAUGUUGGCUUCGACUCUCUUCCAGACCAACUUGUCAACAAGUCUGUCAACAAGGGAUUCGACUUCAACAUCCUGUGUGUCGGAGAAACGGGUAUCGGGAAGUCGACGAUUAUGGACUCACUGUUUAAGACGACGUUCGAAAGCGAACCCGUGAGCCAUCACCUUCCUACCGUGUCUGUGACAGCUCAUACCUACGGUAAGUCAGAGCUACAAGAGAGCAACGUAGGACUUAGAUUGACAAUAGUAGAUACCGUUGGCUAUGGAGAUCAAAUUGACAAAACAGCAAGUGUCAAGCCAAUUAUUGACUAUAUCGAUCAGCAGUAUGAGAACUACUUGCAAGAAGAGUUGAAAAUCAAGCGAAGUCUAACAUUAUUUCAUGACACUCGCAUUCAUGCUUGCAUCUACUUUAUCUCACCAACAGGACAUUCAUUGAAAUCACUUGACUUGGUUUGUAUGCAACAACUGGACUCAAAAGUAAACAUCAUUCCAGUGAUUGCAAAGGCUGACACUGUGUCAAAACCUGAACUAGUUGAAUUUAAGAAACGAAUUGUGGAUGAGCUAAAGAAGAACAAUGUGAAAAUAUAUCAUUUUCCUACCGAUGAUGAGACAGUAGCUGACAUGAAUGCAAGCAUGAAUUCUCUGAUGCCAUUUGCUGUUGUUGGCAGUCGCGACGAAGUAGAAAUUGGUGGUGAGAUGGUGAGAGCUCGUGUUUAUCCAUGGGGAACAGUAGAAGUGGAGAAUGAGAAUCAUGGAGAUUUUGUGAAGUUGAGAGAAAUGCUGAUUAGAACAAAUAUGGAAGAUCUACGAGAGACAACUCACUAUGAGCAUUAUGAGCUGUUCCGCAAGAACCGUUUGCAAGAGAUGGGAUUCGCUGACAGCACAGCUGAUAACAGGCCAGUCCGUCUAUAUGAUGUCAUUGAGAAGAAGAGGAUUGAGCACAUGAAGGAAAUGGAAACGAAGGAAGAGCAAAUGAGACAGAUGUUUGUUGAUAAAGUGAAACAGAAGGAAGCUGAGUUGAAGAAAGCCGAGCAAGAUCUUCAUUCUAAGUUUGAUAAUCUGAGAAAGAUGCAUGCUGAAGAGAAGCGCAAAAUGGAUGAUAAACGAAGGAUGCUGGAGGAGGAAAUCAAUGAAUUCAAUAGAAACAAGGCUGCUGCUCAAGCUGCACAGGCUCAAGCAGAGCGUGAUCUAACUACCCACACGGGCUCAUCUCCUGUCUUGGGUCGAAAGAGUGGCAAGAAGAAGUAAAGUCUAUUGUAGUUAUCUAAUGGGUGAUGGCUUGCUGCCCGUACCCUCUGCCUGGUGAAAGUAAACUGGCUACUGUGAACUCUAGAAUUGUAAGGAUAGUCCGUUGCCAGGGUAAGGUUGCUUUAACUGGUAUGUAUUGAAAACAGCUUUGCAACAUGAUCUUACUGGAUGAA